AUGGCUUCAUUCACUAAAUUUACAUUCGUUACUUUAAUUACUUCAUUAUUACAAUUACAACAAACUUUAGCUACUCCACCUGCUUGUCUUUUAGCUUGUGUUGCUCAAGUUGAAAAAAAUGAUGAUCAAUCUUCAGGUUUAAAUGAUUUAAGUCAUAUUUGUUCAAAUAAAUCAAAUGACAUUAAACAAUGUUUAGAUGAUAUUUGUCCAAAUGGUGAUGCAGAUCAAGCUAAAAAAGCAUUUGAUUCUUCAUGUUCUGGAUUUGCAAGUCAAUCUUCAUCAUCUUCUUCUGCUUCUGCUUCUUCAUCAGCUUCAUCAUCAAGUGCAUCAUCAUCAGCUUCAAGUUCAUCAUCAGCUGCUGCUUCAUCAAGUGCUGAAACCAGCUCUUCAGAGUCAGCCGCUGCUUCAUCCUCUUCAUCAUCAUCAGAAGAAGCAUCAGAAUCAUCUGCUGCUCCAUCUUCAUCUGCAUCAGCUCCAGUUGAAUCUUCAUCUUCAUCAUCAGUCAUUGUUGAAGAAUCAAGUUCAGCUUCAGCUUCAACCUCAGAAGAAUCAGAAUCAUCAUCAACUGUAGCUGCUGAAUCAUCAACUGCUUCGUCUACUUUAGAAACUUCAUCAGUCGUUGAAUCAAGUGCUGCUGUACCAUCAAUUUCACAAACUGUAGUUGAAGGUUCAGGUUCAAAUAAUAAAGUUGGUUUAGGUGCAAUUAUUGGUUUAGUUGGUGCUGCUUUAUUAUAA